GGUUCGUUAUAGGGCGCCGGUCUAUAGGGAGAAGCUCAUUGCAAUAUUAACCAGGUACAAUCACACUGUGGCAUUAUAUAUAUAGGCUAACAUCUUCGAGAAAUCAAUGGCAGAAUCACUGUGAUUCUCUUUACUGAAACACGAGAGGGGCAAUAGCUAUUGGUUAACAAAAAAAAAAAAAAAAAAAGAAAAAAGAAGGCCCGUAUGUUAUGGUAUUCUGAGCUUCAUUUAGCUUUGACGUUAUUCCAGUCUGCUGUCGUAAAAGAAGAAAUUGUUUAAUUUAAAAAAGAAAGUAAAAGCCCGGUACUCAAGAUGGAUGUUUUCAUGAAGGGAUUUUCCAAGGCUAAAGAAGGGAUGGCUGCUGCUGCAGAGAAGACCAAGGAGGGGGUUGCAGUGGCGGCUGAAAAAACAAAGGAAGGGGUCAUGUAUGUUGGGAGCAUGACCAAGGAAGGAGUUGUGCACGGUGUCACUUCCGUGGCAGAGAAGACAAAGGAGCAGGCCUCCCAGCUAGGGGGUGCUGUUUUCUCUGGGGCAGGUAACAUCGCAGCAGCCACAGGCCUGGUAAAGAAGGACGAAUUCCCCACUGACAUGAAGCCUGAGGAGCUGGGGCAGGAGGCGACGGAGGAGCCCCUGGGAGAGGCACUCUUGGAGCCCGAGAGGGAGACCUACGAAGAGGCCCCGCAGGAAGAUUAUCAAGAGUAUGAACCAGAAGCAUAAAGCUGAACAGGUUUCCCGGGCCAGUCAAACCAGCUACAGCACAAUACUACUAAAAAUACUACUUUUAAUAAUAAUAAUAAUAAUAAUAAUAAUAUCAACACCCCAACCCUCACAGUAACCCCUGGUGCAAAAAAAUAUAUCAUAUGAAUAUGUUCUUCCUUAAAAAAAAGAAGACAGUGAUCUUUCUCUAAUACAUUUGGAUUGCCAUGUUUUGUGUAAUGUGCUUGUUAUAGUAACUGAUAUUCAAUUGCGUUAGCUGGGUCUCAUUCCCUUGACUCCCUCCCAAUGAAAUGAGACCUGCGCUCACUGUGUGUAGACUAGUGUUGGUGUACUUGUGUGUGGUUUAGAUGUUUUUUAUCUCCUAGUAAAAACAAGAAUAAAAACCUCAGACAUGCCGAUAUACAAACAUGAAUCCUAGAGAGCUGUACAUUGCUUGUAUGUGAGGGUUAUCUUUUUUAUGUACUCCUUUAUUUAUUUGGUGUUUUCUACAUUGUAUCUUUACAGUUGUUCGUGAAAUCAUUCCAGUGAAGAAUCCUUAGAGACCAAACAAAACAAAAUUACA